ACUCGCUGUGAAACACAAGUGUUCAGUUGACUUAGAGAGAGGGGGAACAGAGAGAGAAACAAUGGAGGAGAGGCUCCCUGAAUCAGAAAUCAAUGGAAAUGAAAAUGGAAAUUCCUUGCGCCAAGACAAUGACUUAGAGAGGGGGGGAACAGAGAGAGAAACAAUGGAGGAGAGGCUCCAUGAAUCAAAAAUCAGUGGAAAUGGAAAUUCCUUGCGCCAAGACAAUGAAUUCAAUCCUGAUUGUGCUGCGGUGAAAUGUUUCAACUGGAACCAUCUACAUGUGGCUGCAUCACGUGGGCAAGCUGAUAUUUUCAAAACACUGUUGGCUAGCAAUCCGGAGCUUGCCGAAGCUCUAGAUUCGCAUCAACGAUCGCUCCUUCACUUGGCAUCGGCAAAUGGACACAUUGAGAUUGUGAAAGCAUUGACAAAGGUGAGACCAGAAAUGUGCCUAGCUCGUGAUCGAGACGGUGCAAACCCUCUCCAUGUUGCAGCUAUGAGAGGACAGGUCGAGGUCUUCGAUGAGUUAUAUAAAGCUAACCCACAUGCAGUUCGAGCCAGGGUGGAAAGAGGAGACAAAGACACAAUCUUACAUUUGUGUGUCAAAUAUAAUCAGCUAGCGUUUCUGAAGCUACUGCUAGAGAAGUUUAAAAGUGAGGAGUUUGUCAAUGCCAAAGAUGAUGCUGGAAACACCAUACUACACAUUGCUGUUGCGGAUGAAAGAUUCGAGAUUAUCGAGUAUGUUCUCUGCCACACGAAAAUAGAUGUGAAUGCAAAAAAUGCAAGGAAACAUACGGCGAUGGACAUUCUACUUCCUGCACAAGGACAAGGAACAAAACCAGAAGGAGCAGUCUGGAUUAAAGACAUACUUCGAAACAGCUUCCAUGCUAAAAGAGGAAAAACAAAGCCAGAAGGAGAAAACAGUAACAAUAUAGAAGACUUACUUCAAAAUUUUCGUGCUAAAAGAGCCAAGGACGCUAUCGAUCCUAAGUGGUUAGCCAAGAAAAGAAAUGCGUUGAUAAUUGUUGCGGUACUGUUAGCGACCAUGGCUUUUCAAGCUGGGGUGACCCCUCCAGGUGGUGUUUGGCAAGACAAUAAUGGACACACAGGUGGAGAAGCUGUGAUGGCUUAUAACUAUCCACAUUUGUACAAAUACUUCCUCCGUUCUAACACAGUCGGCUUUGUUGCAUCUCUGAGCACAAUCUUGUUGCUCAUCAGCGAAUUGCCCUUCAACAGAAGGCGUUAUGUGUGGGUGUUGGUCGCAGUUAUGUGCUUAGCAAUCACCUCCAUGGCAUUUACGUAUUCAUUCUCUAUCACCGUGGUCACACCGAAAUGGGAAAGGAAAGCCCUCACUCGCACUAUUGAAGUUGCAGUUGUUGUCUGGUGCAGCGUGACAGCAAUUGUUCUCCUCGUGCACGCAAUACGCACGAUAGCAAGCAUUGUUGGCGAGAAAAAGAGCAGAGAUAAGGCUGUGAGGAGGCUUAAAAGAUUGGGUAUAUCACUCGGAGGAGACCCAAAACCUUGUCUGAAUCAAGUUCCAGUAAACGAGGUUAACGAUUGAUAGGUCUGUGUUUCUUGUACGGAUUUCAUCAGCGAUUCAAUAACAAUUGUAGUGUUUGAUUUA